AUAAAUUAUUCUAUACACAGAUUAUACAAUUCUUGUUCGCCAUCUCUGUUCCUAAAGCUCUUUCUCCCUUUCUUUGAGAAAACCUGUUUUGGGUUUCUCUUUCUAAAAUAAACUAAUCAAAAUGGUGAGGAAUGAAUUAUACAUAACUGUACUCCGUGCUUUCCGGUACCCAAUCUCGCUGGAGGUCCUCUUGUCCAAAGACUUUGUCCCUAACGUCACUCUUCACCGUCUGAUCAACCUCUUGGCACAGUCUUCCACCGGCCGGCCAGAAUCUGAGUCUUCGGCGGUCUUAGAGGAGGUCGUUAAGUUUUUGAUGGAGAAGAUCGAAAGGCCUCUUUGUCUAACAUCGUGGAGCUUGUCAACUCUUGUGAAGAUAAUGGAAGAUUUCUAGUGCAAUUCAAUGGUUUAUUGAGGUGAUUUCCGUUGUUUUGAGGAAGAAAUCCAUCGAGAUCGAGGCUUGGGAGCUGGUGGUUAGUAUUUUGGACUCGAUUUUGAAUGAAACCAGAAUCAAGGAACGAUUGAAUGAAUUGAUCCUCAAAAGUAAUCAAGAAUUCAACAGCAU